GUGCUGCAGGAGUGGGCACAGAAGAGGCAAGCAGGAGAGAGAAAAGUGUCAUGGAAAGUGCCUGGGUGACACGCGGUGGGGCUGCGGCUGAGGUACCAGGCGGCGGCACUGACAGGCAGAGCACAGCUGGACAGGGCAGGACGGCUUCUUGGUGAAUACAGGCUGGGUCCUGAGCAGCUGGCACAGGAUGAAGAUCGGUUUCCCUUCUAUAUGUCUUAUUGUCCUCACCAUAACAAGAGACUGUAUUUGUGAGCGAUGUGAUGACUGGGGAGAAGACACUAGGAAGCUGACUCAAGCUUAUGAUGGAGAACCUGUCCGCAUCCGAUGCCCUUUAUUUGAAGACUACCUGAAGCAUAAUUAUAGUACAGCACAUUCUGCGGGCCUUACCUUAAUGUGGUAUUGGACUGGUAAAGGGAAGGACCUUGAGGAGCCAAUUAACAUACGUCUUCCAGAUAACAGAAUUAGCAAAGACAAGGACAUACUCUGGUUCCGGCCAGCUCUUCUAAAUGACACAGGAAAUUAUACCUGUAUGUUAAGAAAUACCACCUUUUGCCUCAAAAUUGCUUUUCCAUUAGAAGUGCUGAAAAAAGACCCAAAUUCAUGUGUUAGCAAUGACAAGGUGGCAGAAGUAGAAACGUUUACUUUAGAAGAUACUGCUACAUUGACUUGUCCAGACACCAAGGGCUACUACCCCGCAGAUGUUACUCCCACUGUGAACUGGUAUCUGAAUUGCUUAUUGGUUGACCAGUUUGUUGAUCGAGAUCCCCAAGGACUUAGCUUGCUGUUUACUAUUGUGUUUCAGCGAUAUGAAGGCAACUAUACAUGUAUUGUGUCCUAUGAGGAAAACGGAAGAGCAUAUAAUCUAACUAGGACCGUUUAUAUAAAAACAAUAGCUUCACAUUUGUAUGCAAGAGCACCUGUAAUGUUAACUCCGAAUGAUAAGCAGACUUUUGAGUUUCUAUCAGGAGGAGAACUGCAAAUUCCAUGUGAAGUUUAUUUCUCCUAUGUAAAUAAUUCCUUUACUGAUAUUGGGUGGACAAUAAACGGAAAGACUGAAGGAGACUUUGCAGACUCCAGAGUACAUAUUAAUGAAAGUGUUACAUUGGAUACAGUCAGUCCUGGAGCCAAGACCAUAAAAAAGGAAUUAUGGAUCAAAAAUGUUACACCAGAUGAACUCAAGCACAACUACACCUGCACAGCAAAAAACACCUUGGGGGUGGUCUCCAGGCAAGCGCUGGUCAGAGAGAAAGUUGGUACUCCACGAUACAUUACGGAGCUGGCGUGUGGAUUGGGAGCAACCUUAUUUCUUGUAGUGUGCUUUGUUGUUGUAUAUCACGUGUACUGGCUGGAACUGGUGCUGUUCUACAGGGCUCACUUUGGGACAGAUGAAACGAUUGGAGAUGGGAAGGAGUAUGAUGUAUAUGUAUCCUAUGCAAGAAAUGCAGAGGAAGAAGAAUUUGUUCUGGUGACAUUAAGAGGGGUUCUAGAAAAUGAAUUUGGCUACAAACUGUGUAUCUUUGAUAGAGACAGCCUACCAGGUGGAAAUACAGUGGAAGCCGUGUUUGAAUUUAUUCAGAGAAGCCGAAGAAUGAUUGUUGUGUUGAGUCCCGAUUACUUGACAGAUAAAAGCAUUAGUAUGCUGGAGCUGAAACUUGGUAUUGUGUGUCAUAAUGCUGUAUGCACCAGUCUUAUCAUUGUGGAAUAUAAGCCACUCCAUGGAACACAUUCCACCAUUUCUAAGCUCAAAGAAAAUGUGCCCUUUGUACGCUGGGAAGGGGAAUGUUCUAGACGCAGCAGCUCCAGGUUCUGGAAGGCCUUAAGAUUGGCACUGCCCUUGCGGAGCCUAAACACAAGAUCAAGCUGGAAUGAGAGCUGUUCUUCCCAGUCAGAUAUCAGUCUUGACCAGAUUCAGAAGAAGAAGAGACGCUUAAAAGAAACAUCCACUACACAGCCUUCUAAAACCAAUAGCAUUGACAGAAAUUUGCCUGUAGGCACAGUGAAAGUUAAAAAUGGGCCCAAGGGUGGAAAGGCCUGUCAGUGUUGUGUGACUUAUUGUGAUAGUGAUAACAGACUGAGAAGUAAAUGCAGAGCAGGAGCAAAACCUAAAUGGGAGACACAUUUAUGCAAGCCCGUUACAUAUGGAAAUAAAACUCGUUGGGUUCAAAAUGGUACAGUCCAGCAGGCCCCAGCACCAGCCCCUGUAGCUACCUUCAGUCUACAGCAGUACACAGAUUUAUCCAAUAAUAACAGUGAUUUCUAUGUCCUUUAAUAUACAACAUGUGCUACAGAAAAGAGUUGUUGUUUUACAGCAAUUUCUCUGCAGGACUGCUUAAGGUCUAAAACAUGGACGCAUCUGAAAGGUUCCAAAUAUCUGAAGGGAGGAUGGACUAAUGAACAUAUAGUAGAAUCCUCCACUGGUUCUAUAACAAUAGACAUCAGAUCAUUAAAACAACGUACCGUGAUGACACAAGUUCAAGUGCCAUCAUUUUAAAUAUUAUGCUUUUCCAGUUUGGGUAUUUUGACUAUAAUUUAUUGUUUCUUAGCCAAACAAUGGACAACUGUGGACUUGUUUUCUCCAUGCGUCAUUAUGCAAGGAUUCAGUUAAUCUUUUCUGCCAUCAAGCUGGAAAGUCUUCUCUCUCUUCCUCUACAGCAAUCCAAUCUAAUGUAAGAUAUAAUAACAUGAUAAAUAAAUCUACAUGCACUUGCCAAUCUGUAACAGGCAUUUGUAAAGGAAAUAAAUUGACUUCUAUGGCAUCUUAUCAACUUAGAUAUAACAAUCUGUCAACAAAAUGAGUAAAUGUAGCAGGCACUAUGGCUGACUGAUGUCUUUGGAUGUUGAAUUCAAUGAUUACACAUUUUUGUUAAUACAAAACAUUCUGUCCAUGAGUUUAGUAAGAGUCCAUCUUAUUUAGCCUCUUUUAAAAUGUCACUUAUUAUGUAUGAAUGCUUGAGUGGUUACAGUGGAAAUUUUUUUUUGCUUAUUUUAUUGAGUUGGCAAAUGGUAUACUAUAAAAUAUACAUAUUAUUAUGAAGUCCCCAACCAAUACAUUUUGGAACAUAUUCAUGAAAUUAUACAGAGAAUAUACUGUAUAUAUAAUAUACUAGUUUGUUUGUAAAACAACAAUUUUGUGAGCUCAGAUCUCACUCCACUAUGUUCAGAAGUUUGGUGGUUCGUCAUUUUCUUUGCUCUGUCAUCAGUCCUCCCUUUCUCUUCUGAGACAUUAUUAGGCCAAACUACAGAGCGUUAGUCUUGUCUAUUGUGUGCCUAAUUUAUCAAAAGGCGCACGGCUCUUGAUAAAUUCUGCACACGGACUUUGGGAUCUAUGCUUUAGACUGUAUUUAAACCUGCUCCAGCAUGGUCUGACAUGUCGGCGUACUUUCAGCCGAUGCGACUUUUCGCUGAAAAGUCGCUUUUGAUAAAUUCAGCACCAAUGC